UCCCUCUAUCUUUUUAAAUUUACAUUUAACUCAAAAAAUUUUUACAAUUUUAAAAUUUAAGAUCCAAACUCAAAGAAAUGUAGAGAAUAUAGACGAAAUGAAGUUGGCAAAUAAUCAUAGUUUGAACAUAACAUCUAGAAAUUAGAAGAAGCCAUUUCUUGGAGCCAGUAGUCUAACAAUGACAAAUGGUAAGACUUCAAAUAACUCCAUUGCUCAACCAUUUUUCCAAACAUCAAACCAUUGGAUACUGGAACACCCAUAUCAGAGAAGCUGUCAACAAUGGCUAUUCCCAUGAAGCCCUUCUUCUCUAUCGCCAGUUGAAACAAACUGGAUUAACUCCUAACAAUUUGACCUUUCCUUUUGUUGCAAAGGCUUGUGCGAAAACAUCAGAUCCUAAUCUAUCCCAAUUAAUUCAUGCCCAUAUAUUGAAAUCACCCUUUUGGUCUGAUAUAUUUGUUGGUACUGCAGUUAUUGAUAUGUAUGUAAAAUGUGAUAAUUUGAAUUUUGCACAUAAGGUGUUUGAUAAAUUGUCUCAAAGAGAUGUCACUUUGUGGAAUGCGAUGCUUUUGGGUUUGGCCCAUUCUGGUUCCGUGGAUCAAUUUUUCCGACUUUUUCAGGAAAUGAGACUGCAGGGAUUUCCGCCAGACUCUGUUACAAUCAUAGGAUUAAUUCAAUCUUUUACCCACUUGAAUAAUCUCGAUUUAGUUAAAGGUGUUCAUGGAUUAGCAAUUUGUGCUGGCAUGAUCAAUGAUGUUUCUCUUGCUAAUACUUUGAUUUCAGGCUACAGUAAAUGUGGGGAUUUGAUUUCAGCUGAGGAUGUAUUUGGUACAAUAUACUCUAAAUCAAGAACACUUGUUUCGUGGAAUAGUUUGAUUUCUGGACACGCUUUAACCGGGAACUAUCAUAGAACAUUUAGUCUAUACCGUUGUAUGCUAUCGAAUAAUGAUGGACAUAAACCGGACAUAAGUACAUGUCUUAGCCUUUUAUCUUCGUGCGUGCAACCUCUCGCUUUACAUCAUGGGAAACUGAUUCAUUCCCAUGUGAUUCAGUUGGGUUGUUAUCUCGAUGUUACGAUUGCUAACACAUUGCUAACAAUGUACUCUAGAUGCAGGGAUCUUGAUUCAGCAUGGCACUUAUUCCGAACCAUGAGUUGUAGAACAUGUAUAUCAUGGACUGUGAUCAUUGGUGGUUAUGCUGCGAUGGGAAGUUUAGAUAAGGCGUAUUCCCUGUUUUUGGAUAUGCAAGCGGCUGGCGAGAAACCUGAUGUUGUCACUCUUCUGUCAAUGCUGUCAAGCUGCGGCCAGUAUAGUUCGCUUGAACUUGGCCGAUGGCUAGAUGACUAUGCCUCAUCUAACAGGUUAAAGGGUAGUGUUGAAGUGUGCAAUGCAAUCAUUGAUAUGUAUUCUAAAUGUGGUGAUUUCGAAAAGGCUAAAGCGCUAUUUCGUUCCAUGCCGUCCAAGACUAUUGUCUCUUGGACUACAAUGUUAUCUGGGCUUGCUAUGAAUGGACAAUUUAGUGAGGCUCUAGAGCUUUUCUUUACGAUGGUCGAGCUAGGUUUGGAACCGAACCAUGUAACAUUUCUUGCUGUUCUUCAAGCGUGCACUCAUGCCGGUUUCCUUGAUAAGGGAAUGGAAUGUUUUGAUAUGAUGACUAGAGUGUAUAAAUUGAAUCCCGAAUUAGAGCAUUACUCCUGCAUUGUCGAUCUUCUUGGGCGCAAAGGAAAGUUUAAAGAAGCGUUAGAGUUCAUCGAAACUAUGCCUUUUAAACCCGAUAUUGCCAUAUGGGGAUCCUUGCUUGGUGCUUGUAAAAUCCAUCAAAACAUAGAGGUUGGUGAGUAUGCAGCUUAUCAUCUGUAUCAAUUGGAGCCUCAAGAUGCUGUUUCAUACGUGGAAAUGGCAAAUAUGUACGCGUCAGUUGGAAAAUGGGAUGGGGUGUCUAAAGUGAGAGGACUAAUGAGGUGCAACAAGGUGAAAAAGAAUCCAGGGCAAAGCCUUAUUCAAGUGGAUGGAAAGAAUCAUAUAUUUGGGGUGGAAGAAAGAUAUCAUCCUAAGGGUUCGAAAAUAUAUGAAGUUCUAGACAUGUUGUCGUUCCAAUCGAAAGAUAGCACCUCUUUCGGUUUUUAUAACUUUUCUGAGCAUGAAGCUGAACUACAAUAGUGUCUGACACUUGUAUAGUCAUAGUCAUAGUCAUAAGCCUGGUAUCUGGCACAAGUCACCCUCGGCACUUGUAUGAUCAUCACUAAUGAUUUUUGGUAAGAAAUUCAAUGAAUAUGAUUAUUUUUUUCUCUGCAAUAGAAACCAGUUGUGUUGUUACAGAUUUUUGCCUCUUGAACAUGCAUGGAACACCCAUGUACUAAAGUAAAACUUUCUUUGGGCUCGUCAAACGGUAGGGAAUGGGACGACCAAAAGGGCAACGGAGAAUCGAAUUCAGGUUACUUCUAGGGAAAGCAGUACAUGGCAUGGAAU